ACAAAAUAAACAUAAGCCCGGGCAAUGUUACUAAUAUUGUCGGCGAUUACUGUCUCUGUGCUUCUAUAUAUUUACAUAAAAUGGAAAUACGCGUAUUGGAAAAGCAAGGGAGUGGUCCAACCGGAACCAGAAUUCCCUUUCGGAAACUUCAAGGCUACGAUUUUGAAGAAAAUGACAUUCGAAGAUACGGCGAGUAUAUACUACAAGACAUAUAAGAAUAGUCACAAGUAUGUUGGGCUUUAUAUGUUCACUGUUCCAAUCUGGUUGGUCACGGACUUGGCGCUGAUCAAACGCAUUCUGCAGCCCGACUUCCAGCACUUCACGGAUCAUUUCUCAUUCCACCACGAAAGCCAGAUUUUGACGAAUCACCUCUUCAGCAUACGAGGAGAGAAGUGGAGAACUAUGAGAGCUAAACUGACACCGACCUUCACUACGGGGAAAAUAAAAAUGAUGUUCAACAAUGUCUACGAUCUCAGCAAAAAGCUGGAAUCAUCGGUCAAGCAAAACCACGUCAUAAAUCCAAAAACGGUGAGCAUAAGGGACACCGUUGCCAGGUUUGCGACUGACGUGAUCGCCAGUUGUGCGUUUGGCCUAGAGACUAACUGUAUCGAAAAUCCCGACGCUGAGUUCAGAAAAUACGGCAAGAGGGCGUUCCACCCCAAUAAGCUCCGUAUAUUGGAGCAGAUAGUGAACUGGAAUCUACUUGCUGCCAUGGGCUAUGUACGUUUUCCGGCGGAUGCGACUAACUUCUUCAUGGACGUGGUCAAAAAGACCGUGGCAUACAGGGAGAAGAACAACGUUCGCAGGAACGACUUCGUUGAUCUCUUGUUGCAGCUGAAAAAUAAGGGCAAGUUGGAAGACGGCGGAGAUAUCUCAAAAACCGACCAGGGGACCAUCACAGAUAAUGAUGUGGCCGCCAUGAUGUUCAUCUUCUAUCUUGCUGGGUUUGACACGUCGUCGUCCACAACUUCCUUCUUGUUUUAUGAGUUAGCCUCUCACCAGGAAAUUCAACGUAAAUUGCGACAAGAAGUGAGGGAAGUCACUGCGAAGUACGGAGGGAAACUGACAUACGAGGCUUUGCAAGACAUGCAUUACGCUCAGAUGUGUAUCGACGAAACGCUGAGGUUGUACCCGUCGGCUCCUGUUCUCACCAGAGUGUGUUCAAAGACUUAUCAGGUGCCUGAGUCCGAUCUCGUGAUAGAAAAGGGAACCCAGGUAAUCAUUCCCGCAGUAGCAAUCCAGAGGGAUCCGGAUAUAUAUCCGAACCCCGACGAAUUUAAUCCCGAAAAUUUCAUCGAAGAAAAGAGGAAGGAUAGAAUAUCAAGUACUUGGCUCCCAUUUGGUGAUGGUCCCAGGCAGUGCAUAGGUAUGAGAUUUGGGUACAUGCAAGUGAAGCUGUCUAUUGCCGCAUUGUUGGGAAACUUCCAAUACAGCCUGCACGAAAGUACUCCGAAGAAGUUGGAGUUUAUGUUGGACGUGCUCACGUUACAUCCGGAGAAGGAAAUACUGCUGAACGUUUCGCGAGUCGACUGAAACUAUAUGUUACUUUUUAUUAAAGCAAAUGUCAUUUAUUUCAUACAUUAUAUCAUGUUAAGUAUCCGAAUGGAUAUACAUAAUGAAUGUCAGCCGUUGUAGCGUAUUAACCUCUAAUACUAUAUGCAAAGGUUUUAUGCGGUUCACUUUUGAACAAUCAACAAGCUUGACACUGAAGGAUUCUAAGAAAAUGUAAUGGAUUUUCCUUUGUAAUCGUUGAUUGAUUGAUUGAGCAUAUCUACAUUCGUCUGUAAUGUUUUGGCUAUGAUUCAUUAAGGGCAUGCCCUCUUGGAACCCUCAGGUAUAUAAACUGUUUGUUGGUCCGAGUGUUUCGUUUCGAUGAAGUGCUUGAAAAUUCUUAGUUACAAAAUUGGCCAAUCAGUUUAUUCUUAGAAAAAAUUAAACAUGUGAAUCAUGAUAUUAAAAUAUUAAAUAAAAAGAAGAAGUUCAGCUUUCCAAUUCCUUAUUAAAGGAUUAAGAGACUAAAAUUAAUAGGAAAUCCCUAUAACUCUGGGACGGUACUAUAGAUCGAACCGAUAUUUAAUAUUGCAAACAUUUUAUGCUUACAUAAG